GAGACAGAAACUCCCGAGGGUUGCUUGCAGUGUUGGCUAUACAAAAAUCUCAAAGGUGUGUGCCUGAUUUCUACACUACAUGCAAUGGGCAGACACUGCAGACGCAACGGGAGACUGCUGUGCAUGUGCCUGCUGCCUUGCAUGAUGACCGGCCACCUUUUGAUUUAUAUCAUGGUGUCCAUAUUCGUCACCAUCUCCUACUCUCCUCCAAAAAUAAUCACCCACUAUAUUGCCUCUGGGACUUCUACUAACUCCUCUGCAUUGGCCUCUCACCCACUUGGCCCUUUCUGGAACCUUCGUCUUGAGGACAGUGCACUGUGGAACCAGUUGCAGCAUGCUUGGGACCGUCAGCACAAUCCAAUACUGCGAGGAAACGCAACUGGGAUUACAAGGAAGCCAAAAGCGAAGCUUUUAACAGACAUCGAAGAUGAAUGCCUUUCUGACUGCAUGUCAGGCCAUUGUUCGGUCCCUCGCGUGCAUGAUUUAAACAGCUUGCCAGAACAAAUGAGGGCAUUUCUAUGGUCAAUGCACUGCAGGGAGUAUCCUCUCCUUAUCAAUCAGCCUGUCAUGUGUGGGAGGAACAAUAGUAGCUUCGGUCUGGAUUCUCCCAUGCUCCUCAUGGCCGUCAAGUCUCAAGUAGGGAACUUUGAAAACAGGCAGGCCAUCCGUGAAACAUGGGGACGCAGUGGUAUGGUGAAGGGGGAAUCCAUUAAGAAGGGCGGAUUAGUGCGCACAGUGUUUCUGCUUGGAAGGCAGGACACAAGUACAGGUCCUCACCCAGACCUCAAAAACCUCCUGGAGCUCGAGAACCAGAAAUACGGAGAUAUCCUACAGUGGGACUUCAGCGACACUUUCUUUAACUUGACCCUAAAGGACUUGCUGUUCUGGCGCUGGCUCCAGCAAUACUGCCCCACUGCCAUCUUCGUGUUCAAAGGGGAUGAUGAUGUCUUUGUUCGAACAGGUGCCCUUCUGGAUUACCUACACAAGCAGUGGGAGGAGCACAACCUGUGGAAAGCCUAUACAAAUGAAACUGACAUGGAUUUGUUCGUGGGCGAUGUAAUCACCAACGCAAUGCCAAACCGUGAGCCAUCCACUAAAUACUACAUACCCGAACGUUUCUACAAAGGCGGGUACCCACCGUACGCUGGUGGCGGAGGGGUGGUGUAUUCUGGUUCACUUGCAUUACGAUUGAAAGAGGUGUCAGAGAGGGUGCGCCUUUUCCCAAUAGAUGAUGUGUAUCUGGGCAUGUGCAUGCACAGGCUCGGGCUCUCUCCAAGCCAUCACCCGGGUUUUUUAACAUUCGAUCUCCCAGAAACAGACAGGGGAAAUCCCUGUGCUUACAAGUCUGUUCUGCUCGUUCACAGACGGAGUCCCAAGGAGAUGCUGACACUAUGGAGGCAGCUCCAGAGUCUGCCAGGUAAAUGCUGAGGCUCAUUUGCCUGACAAAUAGGAUUCAUUAAGUGCAGGACGAAUGCUGCCACCACACUCAUUUGGAAAACCUACACUGGGACUGCAAGCAGGCGGAACCCUAUGGAGGUCACAUGCAAUGUACCAUACCUCUGAAGAGUUACACAGAAGAGGAGACUGAUCUACCUCAAAGGGUACUUUUAUUAUGAGGGCAUUACACAAUAAUGGCGCAUACAUGGUCAAUAGAUGUACGCGCCUUUCAAAAUCAA